AUGGGCCUCAUCAGUCGCGUCCUCAAAGUCACUGCCGCCGGCACCGUCGCCUCGGUCGGUGUCUUCUUCGGAGCCACACGCAAUGACGUCUUUGAACCCAUGGACACCACCGACCCGAUCUUCUCCUCGCCAUUCUUCCAAAAGUUCAAUCCCGAGCGUAACCCGACCCUGCAUGACGUUUGUGUUCGUCGCAUCCCACUGGAUAAGAUCAAUCCCUCGUUGCUGGAGAAGAAGGGCAAGCUGGUGGAGGCCUUUUGUGCGGGUGUCUGGGGUGGCAUGGGAUACAUUCCUCAGCGUGCGUACCUUGCCAAUAAAUACCAAAGCCCCGAGACCGCCCACCAUCUCUGGGACCGCAAGGACCUCCUCUCCAACAGCUACGAGGUCGGCACCUUGAUCACCGACCACUUCGAGGUCGUCGAGAAGACCGACGAGAAGAUUGUGGUCCGCUGUGGCGCAUCUCCCCGCGAACAAGGCGUCCGCCCCUCCGAUGGCCUGUUUGAGAUCGGCGCAGUGGUGAAGCAGGAUAAAGGAGAGGCUGAGUUCACCUUGAAGAGCUGCUUCUACCAGGGCCUGGGCAAGGCCGAGGCCGCUCCCAUGGGUCCGGUUAUGGUAUGGCUGCACCAACAAUAUACCAAGUUGUGGAUGGAGACUGCUAUUCUGAAGAACUGUAUUCGGUAA